AUGUCUAAUUUUAUUACAUAUCACAAAGAUCUCUUUAAUAGUCAAUUUUUGUUUGAAUCAAAGGAGAAUUGGCCUUGGAUAAAUGCUUCAGUUGAAAAAUAUAAACGACCAAUAAAAUGGAAUUUGAAAAAUAUUUCUAGACAUUAUAUAUCAACUUCCAUUUAUUCGAGCUGUCUUCUUGUUUACGAUUGGCCUGAUUCAUUUUAUAAUACGAUCCGGAUUUUAUUAUAUGCUUGUUGGAGAAAUAAUUUCUUUACUUGUAAAAAAGAUUCAAAUUUGAAACUUCCUCCAAAUAUUAAACUUAUUUUGGAAUUGAAUUUAAGUGAACAAAUCAGGUCGAAAAAACUCUAUUCGCUUAUUUCAUAUCAAGGAAUAUUCACUUUUCAAAGUAAUUUUUUUUCAGUCCUCGGUGGUGCUUAUUCAGCGCUUGGAAGAUAUAAUAAAGAAUAUGCUAUUAAGGCUAAAAAAUUUGCUCGUAACCAAAUUAAACUCGCUAAAAAAUUACAAGAUCCUGAGUUAGAAUGUAAAUGUUGGAUCUAUUAUUCUGAAGGUUUAAUUCAACUUGGGAAUUUUAAAAAAGCCAAGAUGAUCCUAGAACAGCAAAAAACUUUUGUAACCAAUGGUUUGCUUGGAGAUCAAUUGGUUAUGAGCAUGUGUGAAAAUGCUAUAAUGAAAUUAAAUGCUGCUGUUACAAAAAAGUCCUUUUGA